CUUUUCUAAAGCCAGCUUGAACAUCUGAGUCAUCAGAACCUGCUACAAUAGGAGGAAUAAUUAUUCUGUUUUUAUUAACUGCUGUCUGCGUAAGCACUGUAAUGGUACUGAAACGGAUUGGUUAUAUAUGCUUAAGAAAUGAUUUCCCCGAAGCUUUGAAUUUUUAUAAACUGUCAGUCUGGGUGUUUCCUGAGCUGCCUCCGUUGGAAAAAAUGGCUACCGUGGAAGUCAUUCACAUCACCAGGAAGAAGAAAGAGUGGAAUUAUAAUUAUGAUGAUGAAAGUGACAUUGAAAACGAAGCAGCUCCCCGCAUAAAUUCAGGCGGUUACACCAAGCACGGACUAACGGGCAGGCUGUGUCCAACUUCCACCACUUCAGCCAGCUUGGAGGACUGCAGCUUGGAGGACUGCAGCGACCCCAGUGCUGAGGAGCCGUACCUGCCUGAGCCCAAGAGGGACGCCGAGACCCCCGUGGCACCAGGGCCCGGCCCCUGGCAGUUGGAAGGCACAAGUGGGGGCUACCAGACGAGAGGGACUCUGUGGCAGGACCCCACUUCCGAGGAGGACAGUGACUCCACGGAGGGGUCUGAGGGCAGAAUUGUCUUCAACGUGAAUCUGAACUCUGUGUGUGUGAGAGCCCUUGAGGACGACAAGGACUCGGAAGUCACUCUAAUGUCCCCAUCUCGUCCAGAAGAGACAGCCGUGCUGGAGGACCUCAACGAGACAGAAUCAAGCCUUUUGGUGGCCAGUGAAGAAGGGACACAGCUGCCCUUCACCGACCCCUCUAUGGAGUGCCUGAGGCCCCAAGAUGCUCUUUCUGAUAAAAGUGACACUUCCGAGUCAGAUGUUGACAUGGGGGAUGGGUAUAUAGUAAGACAGGUGAAUCUGAAAAAUUUUAAUUAACUUGGACACACACUGCCUCCAGGCCUCACCCCCCAACCCCAGCUCCUGCACUUGCUCCUUUGGGGGUCUCCGAGUAUUCUCGCUGGGGAGGAGUAGGAGACUGGUGACAUCAUCUAUGCAAAUUCUCACUCUGGGGGGAGGGGAGGUGGGAAACAGAGUAUUCUGCUAUUAUUCAGUGCAUUGUUAACCUGUUCAAGGCAAUUUGCCUUAAUGGGAAAAUGCCCUGCCUGUUCCCUUUCCUCUCAUGGAUGUCUAAUGAUUCUGCAUCAUGUUUCCCAGAGUAAAGAACAAAGUUCCCUGUGGUUUUCAGGCGAUGUUCCGGGGCCCUGUAAGAUUUCUGGGAAAUUAUUAAAUCGGGUCAAUGUGGAGUAGGGAGAGAAAAGGAAGACAUUCAGCAGGGUUCAUAGCAGGAGCAGUCAGCAGUGGUUUUUUUUUUCCCCCACAGGCUUGAGGGAAGACCAGAAAAGCCACAGAAAAACAGAAGGGAGGGCGGGCAGUUAGAAAGCAAGGACACGCACGAGGAAACAGAAGCACAUGCUCUGGGUUGGGACUGGAAAAAAGGAAGCCCCAACCAAGUCUGGGGCACCCCUAGAUAAUAUUGUGUCACCUUCACUCUUGAGAAUUCAAAUCUCAGCUCCUGGUCCAGCCCUCCUCAAUCUGAGUGAGGAAGACAUACACACACACACAUAAUAACUCUGGUGCCAGACAGGUGACCAAUAGAGACACAUUUGCAUAAGGGAGAGGGACAGGGUCUGUGUUAUAUUUUAAGAUAUAAUU